UCUCGUCUCAUUGCUGGCAAUGACGUAAUAAGCAUGAGACCAGCUUCGUAACCACAAACCAGUUUGUUUGGACCGGGGAUUCUGACCUAUUUUCAUAAGGAAGAGAGCAUAAUGGCACUGGAAACAGUUCCUAAAGACCUUCGCCAUUUACGAGCAUGUCUGCUUUGCUCUUUAGUGAAGACCAUUGACCAGUUUGAAUAUGAUGGCUGUGACAACUGCGAGUCGUUCCUUCAAAUGAAGGGGAAUAGAGAGAUGGUUUAUGAAUGCACCAGUUCUUCAUUUGAUGGUGUGAUUGCCCAGAUGAGUCCUGAGGACAGCUGGGUAGCAAAAUGGCAGCGAAUAGGCACAUUCAAACCAGGUGUAUAUGCAGUGUCGGUGACUGGCAGACUACCUCCAGGUGUGGUGAGAGAGCUGAAAAGCAGAGGAGUGAUCUACAAAUCCAGAGACACUGCAGUGAAGUCCUAACGUCAAAGCUUCCAAAGUUUUACAGCUCCAUUGUUCAGAAGCAACAAAAAUAUUUGUACAAAAAGACUUAAUUACUUUUUUAAAUUUUCAUUUGCCUGUGCAUUUUCAUUUUGUAGUCAUCAAGAAUAAAUCUGUAAAUGUCCUGUUUUA